AUGGAAGUUGGUCUUAUACCGGCUGAUUCGGAACAAUUUCGACAUGAUGUGUCCACUCGGCAAUGUGUCAAAACUAUUCCGGGAAUGCCCUUGGAUAGUGUGAAUUCGUCUAUGGGCAACAGACCCUACACCGGUGGUGGUGGUGGUGGUGGUGGUGGUGGAGUUCGGGCGGACGAUCAGUCCCAGUCCAUGUUGCGGAUGAACGUUCCCCCGGGUCCAUCGGUCGUGUCAUCUGGACAAUCGUCUACGUCCUCAUCGUCAUUCAUUUCAUCCAACCAACAGCAGCAGCAGCAACAACAACAACAACAGCAGCAGCAGCAAGGCUAUCCGCAACCGCAAUCUGAUCAACGGAACCUUGGUCCCAUGGGUGGUGUUGAUUCGGGUGCAUCCAGAGACGGUCAAACGUUGCCUACACAAUCAAUGCAAUUGGGUCAGUCCUACGGAGCCGGUCCGGGUUCAGGAGGAACUCUUUAUCCUUCCAGAGCAAAUACUCCAUCGACUGGUCAGCAGCCGCCACCAUCGAUGGGGUCGUCGUAUAUGUCAGCGAACAAUACGAACAUGAAGUUCACACCGAGUGUAAUGAAUGCACAACAACAACAACAACAACAGCAGCAGCAGCAGCAGCAACAAGCAAUGCUGAUGCAACGUGAUACAUCCUCACCGCAUCGCACCGGUGGUCCGAAUUUAAUUUCGGAUCCACAACCUCCACCGCAGUGGAUUGCGUCACAAGCUAUCGAUCCAUACACGCAAGCGGGACAGUCUCAGCAACAGUCUACCCAGGUCGCAAUGCAUCAUCAACAAACGAUGCGUGGCAUGAAAGCACACGGCCCAUCACAACCACAGUCACAAGCUCAAGCUCAAACGCAGCAACAGCAGCAGCAGCAACAACAACAACAAGCACAACGUGUCAGUUCGUUUGGAACGAUGCAUGCCAAUCACGGGCAACCGUACACGUUCCAGCCGCAGUUAAGAUCCGGACAAGAUCGUAUGGCUGCCCUUGGUAAUGGACAGGUGCCGCCUGGAAUGAUGGUCCAGUUAAACGAUCCCAUCCCACCGCUCGACACUCAUCACCCGAAUCAGCGCAACUCGCCACAGAUGCCAAUCCAAAGCGGCCAGUCCCAACAGUCCAAUAAUAGUGGUAAUAAUAGCCAAAACAACAACAGCAAUUCCAACAACAUAGUCUCACAGUCUGGCGGGCGCUUCAUGCCAGCUGGAAUGGGCUUUGCUCAGGUGAACUCCAUGUCCAAUACGGGACAGUUUACUUAUCAGUCAGGUCCACAACUGACCACCAGCAUGUCUUCUCAGGUGGGAAAUCCGGCCGGUCCGGGCUACACCUCUUCUUCCUCGACGAACUCCGUUGCACAACAACAACAGCAACAGCAGCAAUCAUUUGCCUCACGAGGUCCAUAUGCCGGCGCGAGCGGCACCAACAAUAAUGCGACCGUGUCCAUGGCAUACAACAAUGCAGCAGCAAUGAAUCAAGGCUAUUCGACACGCGGCGGGCCGACCCAAGGUGGUGGCUAUCGUGUGGUUAUGCCGGAUUCGUCUACACCGGUCAGUACAAAUAGUGGUAUCGGAUUUAUGUCCAUGAGUGGUGGCGGUGUGGACUCAAAACACGGAUCCAUGGACGGAGCUCUGUUCCAACAGUCUAUGUCAAACCGCAUGCAGCCCCCUGUUGGAACAUCACUAUCCAACUGCUCAGUUGUUCAAAUGGACACUGGAGCUUCUGGGAAUCAUUUCGGCGGCGACUUGUUAGGCUCAUCUCAACCACAACAGCAGCAACAACAACACAUGCUUCAUCAGCCAGUGUAUGGAGUGAUUCGAACUAUGCCCCAACAGGUACAGCAGCCAUCGCAACAACAACAGCAACAACAUCUUCAGCAGCAACAUCCUGGUUAUGAUUUGUGUGAUCCGGGAGCCACACCGGGCUUUUUCUAG